AAGAGGUUGGUUCUAAACAGUGUUUUCAAUUAAUGGGCGCAUCGUUUGUUAAACAGAGCAGCGACAAAAUGAGCAAUCCUGAGAAAAAAGGACCAAAAAAAGAUGUCAAGCAAGGUCAGUCAAAUAGUAUUGCGCGACCGCUUUCCAUUGAAGGUCCCUCGACCUCUAAUAGUGCCGAACAAAUUCCACCGCAACCAUUACCAAAUCAACCAAGGCAACCAACUAAUUUGCAAGGAUUACUCAAAUAUGCUAUGGAUGCAGCACAGUCUGAGGAUCUGGAAAAUAAACCACAAGUUUAUCCUUUGGACGAAGAAAAAAAGAUAUUUUUGAAUGAGGCGCUAUCAUCGUUAACAGUAAACGUAAUAGAAGAAUUGCAGAAAGCUGUACAAAUUUUGUCUAAUGUCGUCAAUCUACGAGUAGAUGAUGAUUCAUCGGAAUAUGAGAGUGUAUUGGAAAGGAUGACAGAUUUUGUAGAUAAUAUCGAUAUAGCAAACGACUUUUAUAAGAUUGGAGGUUUCUCGAUAUUUCAACCAUGCUUGAAUUCCUCUCAUAGUAACAUCAGAUGGCGGACAGCUGAUAUUAUCGCUGAAUUAGCACAGAAUAAUCCGUUUUGUCAAAACAAAUUAUUAGAAACUGGAGUAUUUCCUGUGUUAUUAUCUAUGAUUGAUACAGAUCCAUCAGAACAGGCCAGGAUAAAAGCUCUGUAUGCAGUGUCAUGUAUAGUAAGAGGAUAUCCAGCAUCAUUACAGUAUAUGGAUAUGAAUGAUGGUUACUCGGUGCUCUUGCGGGCAAUGCAGAGUCCAGUGGAGAAACUACAGAUAAAAUCUGCAUUCUUACUUUCCAGCUUGUGCAGUAGAAAUAAUUCAAACAAUAUAAAAUAUACUUUAAUAAAAAUGGGAUUCAUAGAACAAGCAGCAGGAUUAUUGGGUAGAAUGAAUUUACAGCCGACAGUCAGAGAACAACUAUUAAGAGUGCUCAGUGGCAUGAUAAACGAUAACUUUUUGCCGGCAUUAAAGGAAUGUCGUCGAUCACAAUUGUGUUUAAGAUCCACUUUGGAGCAACUGUUGACAGAACUAAAACCUGUGGAAAAUCAGGAUGAGAUUGACAUGUGUUCCGAACUUCUAGAUAAAGUAUUUUCGGAAUCUGAUACGUAUCAAGAGAGAUAA